AUGUCGGGGCCGGAGCUGGGUUGGGGCCGGUGGAGCCGCACCGAGGGCUGUGGGCUGCUGCGGGAGGAGCUGAGCCAGGGGGCCUUCCUAUGGGGCCAGCCCCACAUCUUCAUCAUCUUCGGGGCCUCUGGUGACCUGGCUCGGAAGAAGAUCUACCCCACGAUAUGGUGGCUGUUCCGGGACGGGCUCCUCCCCGAGGACAUUCACGUUGUCGGCUUCGCCCGAUCCCCGCUGACGGUGGAGCUGAUCCGGGAGCGGACGCUGCCGCACCUCAAGGCAUCCCCCGAGGACUCGCCGCUCCUGGAGCGCUUCUUCUCGCGGCAGCGCUUCGUGCAGGGGCACUACGGGGACGAGGCCCCGUUCCGGCGCCUGGAGGCGGCGCUGCGGGAGCUGCCGGGGGGCGCCGCCGCGCAUCGGCUCUUCUACCUGGCGCUGCGCGGGGCUCUACGCCACCGUCACCCGGCACAUCCGGAGCACUGCAUGGGGCAGGGCUGGAACCGCAUCAUUGUGGAGAAGCCCUUUGGCCGGGACCUGGCGAGCUCGGACGCGCUCUCAGCCCAUCUCAGUGGCCUCUUCCACGAGGAGCAGAUCUACCGCAUCGACCACUACCUGGGCAAGGAGAUGGUGCAGAACCUCAUGGUGCUCCGCUUCGGGAACCGGAUCUUCGGCCCCAUCUGGAACCGGGACAACGUGGCCUGUGUGGUUGUCACCUUCAAGGAGCCCUUUGGCACUGAGGGACGUGGUGGCUACUUCGAUGACUUCGGCAUCAUCCGGGACGUGAUGCAGAACCUCCUGCAGAUGCUCUGCUUGGUGGCCAUGGAGAAACCGGCCUCCCACCAACCCGAUGAUGUGCGGGAUGAGAAGGUGAAGGUGCUCAAGUGCAUCAGCCCGGUGGUGCCAGAGGACGUGGUCCUUGGCCAGUACGUGGGGAACCCCGAGGGCCCCCCCGAGGCCCACAAGGGCUACUUGGACGACCCCACGGUGCCCCCCGGCUCCACCACAGCCACGUUCGCAGCCGCCAUCCUGCAUGUGGCCAAUGAGCGCUGGGACGGGGUGCCCUUCGUGCUGCGCUGCGGGAAGGCGCUGAACGAGCGCAAGGCCGAGGUGCGGCUGCAGUUCCGCGACGUGCCCGGGGACAUCUUCGGCCACCAGUGCAAGCGCAACGAGCUGGUGGUGCGCGUCCAGCCCGACGAGGCCGUCUACAAGAUGAUGACCAAGAAACCCGGCCUCUUCCUCAGCCCCGAGGAGUCCGAGCUCGACCUCACCUAUGGCAACCGCUACAAGGACGUGAAGCUGCCGGACGCGUACGAGCGGCUCAUCCUGGAUGUGUUCUGCGGGAACCAGAUGCACUUUGUGCGCAGUGAUGAGCUGCGCGAGGCCUGGCGCAUCUUCACCCCACUGCUGCACAACAUCGAGGCGCGCGCGGAGAGACCCAUCCCCUAUGUGUUUGGCAGCCGGGGCCCCCUGAGGCCGAUGAGCUGCUGA